AACCCCCAAAGGGCUCGCGUAGGUUUUCUGCAUUUUCCCUAAAAUUUGCAUUUCGAUCCUUCUCUCUCUGCAACAAUUUUUUCACCUUCUCACUUCUGAAUUAGCCGAUUUGGGAUUUUGGAUUAGGGUUUUUGAGGAGCGAAUUUUGGCGAUUUUUAGUACACAAUGUACGCUGAUCAAAUCGAGUCUCAAUCUAAUAGGUCGGUCAAGGAUCGCCUCGAAGGAAAUUCCACCGCCGGUCUCGGCCGCCGCAGACCUAUCUCCGGCAAGAGACAAAGAGAAGACGAUGACAAAUGGGAACAUGAUCUUUAUGAGGGAGAUGGACCCCAAAUCUCGGGUCGAAAGGUUGGUGCCAGAGAUCUUCGCCUGAAGCUCCAAAGAAAGAGUAUCGAGCAAUCGUCACAAUUUGUGCGGGGACCUGGAGGUGGAAGGGAUCUACGUGAGAAGCUAUCUGGUGCGCUCUACUCUCGUCCUGUUGAGUACAAGCCUCCAGCAGUCCGGCCAAAGCCUGUAACCGAAGCUAGUAAACCAACUAGGAAGAGUGUCAUAGCUCAAGCCCCUGCGCGACAAGAAGCAAGGGUUUCUACAUCUGUAUCAAAGAAAAAGGUUCAGCAGAAGGUCGAUUCUGUGGAAAAUUUCUUGCAGUCGCUGGGUCUCGAUAAAUAUGCGAUUACAUUUCAGGCUGAAGAAGUUGAUAUGGCAGCUCUGGUACACAUGAGUGAUGAAGAUCUUAAAGCUAUGGGAAUUCCAAUGGGCCCAAGAAAAAAGAUACUUCUGGAAUUGGAGUCGAAGCGUGAUGACUGAGUGGGGCAAGUCCUAUUGGCGUUCUUGGAUGUGGGGGUCGGUCGUGUCAAUUGUUGGCGAACCCUGAUCAGGGGUGGCUUUUCUUUUUUUGUGUUCCUAAAACUUUCAUGUAGUUCCUCUAUGAUAGUUUCAAGUUUUUAUUUGUCAAAGUUUGGCUUGAAUGAGCUUAUCAUUGUAAUUGAAAUAUACAUCAUAUAAAUCGAACCUUUAGUUGGUCAUUUGUUGGUUAA